ACCGCAUCGAACAUCGUCAUUCAUCACUUUCAAGCCAGCCGCUUAUCGACACAUUACUAUCAGUCUCUGAAUCCAAGUGCGACAUUUCCUCACUACGGGGACCUUUACAUCAUCUUUCAGCUCAACCACCUUCCUUACACUUGACAUAAUCGGCGGUGACCACACCCAGCAAUCAUUCAGGAUGCCGCGACCACGAAACAUGGAUGAGAGAAAGUCUGGAGGAUGGGGAGCCUACGUCUGGUCGCAUUACCUCCUAGCCGACUCGGAGCCUCAUUGCAAUGACCGCCUUGGCAAAACGCUCAAAGCCCUUGCCCAGGAAUCCACCAAGCGAAUCAGUGUCUCGACGGCGCUUCGUUAUGGUAAUACUCAAAAUCAUGUCGACUAUAAGACGGCAGGGCAGAGGAACGCGUGGUACAACUACUUUGUCGCGGCUUUCGAAAAGAUCCUGCGAGAACUACCACCUCCAGAUGCGAGCGUUGAGCAAGUAAGGGAGAAGCGGAGAGAGUUCCAACAACGACGCAUCAUUCCAGCACCACCACUACCACCACCAGUCAUCCAAUAUGAAGCUGCUGUAGCUGCUACUCCGCCCGAAACCCAAACCCAAACCGUCGCCGGCAACACUUCAGAGCAGCAGCGUGGCAGGAAGCGUUCCUGGACUGAUUCGUUGGACGACGAUGACGAUGGCAACGCCCCAAACAUGACGAGAAAGCGUGCCAGGAAGGAGUCGGAGCAACAGGAGCCGGCUGGAGAUAAUUUCAUAGUCUAUAUCCCGGCCAACGUCAAGGUUGUCCUCGUUCCCGAAGGCCCUGCUGAUGCCACUUUUUGUAUCAAGUCCGAAAGCUCUACAGCGUCCAUGUUCAUGUCUUCAACGGGCACGUCGUCGGCCGCUGUGGACACGGUACCGGCAAGCCCUCCAUCAGUGCCGUUAUUUCCUCCUAUGCGCUGGGCUGCCUGUCCUUCGAUGGAUAGUUUGUCGUCUGAUACAUAUCCCCAAGACCAAAAUCCUUCACCAGCGCAAGACUCAAAUUCGUUGUCCCUGUCACUGGCGGGCUAUAACAUCAACAUCCCCUACGCAAUGGACUCCUCCGCUGACUAUACCUCUACGACAACUCAAAGGUCACGGGCACCUGCAUCUAACUACAAUAAACCGAGGUGCAAUAUACAAUUCGGGCUAUACACCGUUUGCCUUCAACUGACCCCUUAGCAACUUGCCAUCUAAUCACGAGAUGGGAAGAGAGACCGAGAGGAAAAGAAUUAAGAAGGUGUUUCGUAGACGGUGUGAGGGCUAGUGACAUUGGGUUACGAGGUUUUGGACAGUAAUUGUGUGGUAACUUGUUGUAAUGAAAGUAUUUGUGUGAUUCACAGGGGAUCUCUCCGUGGAGGGGAUCGUACCAGUGUGCGGAGGUUUUCCUCAUAUCAUCUUUGGAUUCAGACUCUUCUCUAACUAGUGACACUACGGCUAUGACAUUUCUGGCUGUUUUACGAGCAGAGUGCCAUCGUCGUGUAGGGAAACAGUGCGUGCUUCUUUAUAUUGACUGGAACUUUAUCGACAUCAGAUGAAAGAAAAAGCCCCUUUGUUUGGCAUGGAGGCAAGCUCUAACUCUACGACAUCAAUU